ACAUCAUCCCACUUGAAACCGAUGCAAGAAAAGGACUUAUGCCUACCACUGAUUCGCCUCGGUGUUACAUGUAUAUUAGUCCUGAGUUGUGGAAAUCUCACAAUAGGUUUAUUUUUGUUUUAGUAGUAUAUCCCAAAGAGCGUUUUGAAACUGAGAGACUGUUGGCUCACUAUCAUAUUUUCAGGCCGUGUGACUUGUACGUCAAGAAACCUCUCAAGGCGGGAAUUUAUACUAUGUAAACAAGUUUUCGUAUAAUAUGUGAAUUUGUUAUGACACCAGAGACAGCCAAAUAGGCCAUGAUAAGCUUUAAUUUAGGCUUAAGCCACUUUUCGUUUCGUUUUACAAAAAUCCCAAUACUUUAGAUAACUACUCACGAGUGCUUAACGAUCAAGCCGAUUUGUCUUUUGGUCCAAAGACGCUUAUAAGAUGCAUGAACUGACUUUUAGAGAAAUUAUAUAAUUUUGGGGGUCAACUCAUAGGGGUAAAUUCUUAAAGGUAUGACAUCGAAGAAUUUAAAAUAAAGAAACGAUGACAAUGGACAACCACGUAUAAACUAUUUUUAGUAACUGACAGCUACUGAAGCAGAAACAACAAUGACAAUAAUAAUCGAGUCAUAAAAUUUAAAUAUGUUUGAAUUAAUAAAAUAAAAGGGUGAAAAUAAAGAUUAUGAAUUUUGAGGCAAAAUGCAAUGUACAUCUGCAUGAAUAUUGGGAGAUGCUUUAAGUUAAGCAUUUACCCGCUUUCCGAAGCACUUAAUUAUAAGUCAAUCAAAGUUUUGAACACGGUGUCUUUGCUAUAAUUAGCUACUACUAUCAUUUAUCCUAUUCGUUAUAUAUCUACCACGUGCCACUUAUUAUUUAUGAUACAAUGUACUCCCUCUGUUCCUAAAUAAAGGAUGUUUAGUUAAAAACACAUAUAUUAAGAAAAAUUAAUUUUUGUCUAGAAAAUAACAUUAAAACUAUAAAUUAAAAGCAUUCAACCAAUUACAAAAUAAAACUAUUAAAUUUGAUUGGUUGUUUUUGAUAAAGUUAAAGUUACCUAGAAAUAUGAUAACAUCUUACAUAUUGAAACAUGAAAAUUCUUCUAAACAUCUUAUAUCUAGGAACAGAGGGAGUAUGACGCUUAAAAACCUAACCAAACCAUUUCCCCUUUAUUCAAACUAAAUUCUAUAUACUGAUCAUAUUAUAAAAUUUUUAAGUUUUGUUCUGUUUAAAACGGAUCCAAACUGAACUACAACUUAAUUGAUCUUUUCAUAUCUUUGAAACUAAAAAUACAUUAGCAAGUUGGAAACUGAAAAAAAAAGAUUCCAACUGAAACCCAGAUUAAUUAGUACCCGCAAAAUAUGAACUAUAAAACCAAACUACUUUGGUCAGAAAAUGCAGAUCGUAUUAAAAAGGGUUGACCAGUAAAAAAAAGAGUUCACCAAAGGUCAAGAAGACACCUGAGGUUUAUUCAGAGAAACAUGUGUUCACAUGGACUUCCCAUCUUUCACUAUCACACUUUUCUUUUUUCUUUUUGAGGGAACCAUUUGACUCCAAUCAUUUAUUAUAUUUCCAUACCUUUCAGUUAUUACAGUUAUGGAGUUAGUUGAAUCUCUAUCCUCUUUUCCAUCUUUUCUUCCAUUUGUAUUUUAAUAAUUCAUGUUGUACCUCUUUUCUUUUGCUCCAUACACAUUUCACAUCGACUACUAUGAAAAAUGUAACAUUUGAGUGCCGGUAAAAAAAUUGGACUUAGAUUUACAUCAUAAUUCAUAUAUAAUAUCACUUUUCGUUUAAGUAGGAUGUGUCAUUACAUACUCUAUAUGAUCUUCAUAGUUUUGGUUUCUAAUUGAGAUAUGCGAUGAACCAAAACAAGCAGCACCUGCCCCUAAUCUCAAGGUCAACGUAUAAUUAUGUUAUUGGGUUUUUAGUGACUUCAAUAACAUAUACGUUGGUCAAACAAGCAGUAAUCCAAGAGAAUAGUUAAGAAGAAAUAAAUGUUGGAAUAUUUUCAUGUUACCAAUAAAUAUUCAACUAUUCAUAAAAUGUACAGGAAAUGGGUAAUAAUACAAUACAGGGGCGGCAUGAAAUUAGGUAGCCUUUUUGGCUUAAUUUUAAAACUGUAACAUGGGAUUUGAGUCCCUAAUCAGUGAUCUUUUUAAUUAAAUCACAUGAUUAAUCAGCUGACUCUACCGAUCGGAUCCGAUUAAUAAAAAUAGAAAGAAUUCGUUUAUAUAUAAAUAAGCAAAAACAUAUUUUGGCAAUUCCACUUUAGCAAUAAUUUGUCAUUUUCUCUCGUAGUAUAUAGUUUUAUGUUUAGCGGCCUUUUUUUCUUUGCAAGAUUCUCUGCCAAUAAUUGCACUUAUUGGAAGAAAGGGUUUUAUUUUAGUUUACUAAAAUAUACUAAAAUUAUUGUUUAAUGUCAUACCAAAUAAUUUUCAGAUGUUGGAAAUGAUUGGCAUUACAUAUAUACCCACCAAAAGAUUUGACCAAAAUUUGGCUGAUAGUGUCGCACUUGAUCAUUAUGUCAUAUCCUCUUGUCAGUUUAUUUUAUUUAGUCCACUUAUGGUCUUCAUCUAUUUCAUUGGUUAUAUUUGCGUUAGAUUAUAUAUUUAUUAAUUUAUAACAUUCAUAUUCAUAUAUUAACAUAAGACCUCUUAAAACAAACUAUCUUCUUAUUUUAUUAAAUUACUGAAAUCUAAAUAAAUAAUAACUCUUUCCAUUUCACUUUAUCUAUCUUUUUAAAUUUAUCCAGACAAUUUUUAUUUUAUAUCGACAAUUAAAUUAAAACAGAAAAGAUAUUUAAUAUUGUUUAUUAUUUUAAAUUAUGGAUUUGGGAAUGAUUUUAUGAACUUUCUUGCCGUUUAUGAAUGUUUUUAGUAAAAAACACAAAUAUAACAAAAAAAUCAUCGAUAUUCAAUUGUAUUUUCUUGUUCAGACUCUAAUUUUUAUUACAUCAGAUUAUAUUAUAGUUGUGCUUCGAAAUUUAAAAUAUAUAUAGAUGCGGUAAUUGUUUUGCGUUACUAGUUUUGAAAACAUUGACGUAUGAGGAGUUUAUUAUUUCAUUUCCCAUGUUUUUUUGGUAAAAAAUAAUUUCCCAUGUUUCCAUGUGAUGACACACACAGAUUCGGCUUCCAAUCGUAUUUCUCGUAGAUAUUUCUCUUCUUAUUAUUUUCCGAUUAAACACAACCAAAAUCUAAUAUUCUCCUCCUCGAGAAGAUUUUAUUGUCUACUACUAAAAUAUUUGUGCCUUAUAGUUUUAUCUAAUGCAUUCUCAAAAAAAAUGGUUAUCUUAUGAGUUUAAAUUUUUAUAGUUACCUAAAUUAAGUUAAAGUUUUAUGUCUACUAGAAUGUAUUAUGUACACACAUGUCCGUUAACUCUUAAAAUUAAUCUGUAAACAAAAGUGGUAAAUUAUUGUACCAUACUAGUGUUAUAAUAUUUAAGAAUGAUGAAUAUAAUUAACAAUUAAAAUGAUAUUAGAAUAAAAUCUUUUUUUUUACAGCAAAAUCUUUUUUUUUUAUAUUUGUUACUAUUGAUAGUUUGUUGAACGACAUGUUAACUAACUGUGGAAAUAGAUUUCUACUACUUAUUUCAUUUUAUUUAUAUUUAAUUGGUUACACAAAUUAAAAAAAUAUUAAAUUUAUUUUACUUCUAAUAAUUCUUUAUUUUAUUUAAUUAUAUAAAUUAAUGAGUUGAAAUUGAUGAGUUAAGACAAUAAAAAUAAAACUGAAAAAACUAUCAUAUAUACAUUGAAAACAUGAAAUAAUACUUACAAUAAAUUAAUUUUAAACUCUGAAAUAAAAAUUAAUAUGAAACUAGUAUUACUUUUCUCUUAAGUCAUUUAUAUUAAUUAAAAGAGUUGCAUAAUUAUAUGGUACAAUGACUUAUAUAUACAGCCACAAAAUUAUAUAGUAGUAUAUUAUAAUUUAUAUAUAUAUAAGAAAACAAGUACGCCAGACUUCUGAAAUUUUAAACUCUAAUUCCUUAUAUUUGCAUAAUUUAUAAGAGAUUCUACAAGUUUCAAUUAAUUAUAUUAUGUUUUGCUAUUAAUUGUUAAUAAUCAGGGUGCUGCGCUGGUUUGGAAAUUGGAACCCUAUACAAAACAAAGGGCGUUUACUUUUUUUCACGAUUGCUAGCUUUCUCAUUAUAUUACCAAGUAGAAGUAUCAUAUAAGGAUUUGAAAAUAUUUUUUUCUUUGAAACACGAAAAAUAAAACAAAAAGCGAAAAAAUGAAGAGUGGUGCGUAAGAUAUUGUGUUGCAUUUGUGCACGUAAAUCAAAUCAGUACACACUUAACAUGAUCAUUUAUUUAGACCAUCAUACCAUAAUAAUUAAAAUAUAAAUGUUUAUAAAACCUCUACAAAUGUUUCGGUGCACUAAUGUCUAUUCUCGAGGUUUAUAGGAAAUGAGAACACACCAUUACCAAGUCUUGGAAUAUGGUAAAUGUGAUCAAUUCCCUAAGUCUUUUUAGUAAGUCACUUCUCACUUUAUAAUCUCUCAAUUAACGAGAAUCGAACACGCCUUCAAUUUUGAUUCUUUAUAGCAUUAUGCAUCAAAUCAACCAAAAGUAGUGUGUAUAUUCCGAGAAAUAUUCAGCAAAAAUGAACCAUUAAUAUCCAUAUUUAUGUAUAAUUCUCAUCUAAUAAAAGUUAUAGUACAUGCAUAUAAUGUUACCAGUCUGAAUGUUACUAUAGCUUUUAUUUUUGUUUUCUCACUUUAUAAUUUAUAUAAUCCAAUGUCACCAGUAUACCAGCAUAAAAUUAUGUAACUCCACUUUUUAUCAUACAAGAUAUACAUGGUUCAAUGUAAUUUUUAACAUGAUAUAAUCAGGAUCCCGUACGUACGUUACAUUCCAUGAAUCAGUAUAACAUGUAUUUAUAUACCCUUACAUACUACGAGAUAGUUACAGCGAAAUGUCUUUUAAUAAUUGUGCCUUUUCAACAUGUCGAGUUACGAUAUUACUUUGGUUAACGAGUUAUAAUAUUAUUAUACAGAAUGGUCGGUUAUACUAAAGGUAAGAACAUCCGAUCAAUAUUCUCGAGAGCUUCUAUUCAUCACUUUCGUUUAUUAUUUAUGGUAACUAAGGUUAAAAAUUCCCUGCCACAGCAAGCGCAUGUUGGUUCUCCUCAAGAUUGGUGCGUUUUUUUUUAAAGGCUUGUGCAUUUUAAAGAUAUUUUGAUUACCGUAUAAUUAAUACUGUAAGAUAAAUAUGUAGUACAAAUGAAAGCCAAGUUACAAAAAAAAAAGAAGAUAAAUACUACAAGGACUCACAACAUACGUAUUCAAUGAUAACUUUCAGUAUAACUAGUGGAUCAUUUUCCACUUACAGAUAUAAAUUUGUGUCAAUAUUGCUUCUCUCUCUUUUUCAUAUUUAUACAUUUGAAUAAAUAUCAGUAUUUUAUUACGUGAACUGAAACAAAAUUACUCUGGUACGCAGUUGUGACAUUUUAUAAUUAGCUUCGACCUAAGGCAUUCGAAGUUCGAAUCAAUAAUGGGGGAUUUUUUUGAGCAACCACGUCGUGUUCUCAGUAUAUUAGAGCUUAGUUAAUUGCUUAAUCCAAUAAUUUUGUACGUUUAAUUUGGAAAUAUGCAACAUUCCAAUGAAUGUCUUAACAGCCAAAAUAUACACUUAUAAAAAUAUAGGUUCACUGGAUCUUGAUAACAAUAUAUCUGCUCACAAGUCACAACAAAAAAAAGGUACAAAUUAUAACUAUAAAUUUGUUUAAAGUUUAUUUUCAAGUAUGUUGCUAGGUCUAAUAAACGGUCGAACGGCUUUAUUCGUUUUAUAUUAUUCAAAUUUCCGUUAUAAUAUGUGUGACAAUAUACAAAUUCUAUGUCAUUUUGGAUUUAAACCGUUCAAUCAUCUCACCCGGCCAAAAGUCCUCAUCAUUAAACCCAUGUUGUUAAUGGCUUUCUAGGCGUAAUAUUAAUUCUUUUGUGAAUUGACAAAAGAAUUCAGGUUGUUAUAAUACUAGUCUUUUAUCAUUUAAAUUCAAUAGUAUACUUCUUUUUCAUGAACACAAUAUAUUUUGAGGUGGCGAUUUCCGUUGAACCCUAGGUCAAGCAAAAGCCACAGAUCAUUAAUACUUUGCAAACCUAGAUCAACACAUGUGUAUGUAUGGGUUUAGGGAGAGCUGCAUUUCUUUUUUAUUUUUAAUGAAAAUUAAUUAGUCGGUGGGAUGUGUAGCCACUCCUGAUGGAGGUCUAACCACGUUGCCUCAAAUUCCACUGCUUCGCGGAAUUCUAAAUUUUAUCUUUUUGAAGAAAAAAUUGAAUUAAAAAGACAUAGAAUUUUAAAUUUUGUUCUACCUUGCAAUAUAAAUUAACUUCUUUUUGUUUACAUAUAUUCUCUACAUAUUAAGAAGAGAGAGAAAACGUUUGUGUGAGUUAUGUUCCAAAAAAAACCUGAUUUACAAGAUCAAAAUUAUGACAAAGAAUGAGGGGGAUACAAAAAAAAGCGUAUGUUUUGAAAAAAAAAACUAUAAAAGCACAACGAAAAUAAAAGAUCAAAUCUAAAAAUAGUCAUAUGAAGAAAUUCGUACAUGAACAAGUUUUAGUAUAGAUAAAUAGUUUCUUUAAGCGAUAGUUUGAUAAUCUAUAACGGAAAAGGUACUAUUUCUCUAAAAUAAGGCUAAAGAGGAGAAAAAAAAUAGAAACUCACAAGUCCCCCCAAUGGACCUUUCAUGUUUAUAUGUAUACAUGAUCGUGUAGCAAUAUGCGUUGUCAUGUCUUCCUUAGAAUCGAUUAUAUAGGCAACGUCUAUGUGUAUCUCCUUUUUACCCUUGAUUGAUUCCUACGUUGGUAGCAACCUGACAUCAGACUUAAUUAUCCUGUUUUCGUUCUCUUCUCAAAUGUAUUUCCAAAGUCAUGUCUCUUCUCUCGAUAAGCCCUGGACUUCUUUUUCACAAAUAACGUAUUAACGAUUUAAAUAGGGUUGUAAUAUCGGUGAGUGAUUAAUGAAGAUGUGAGAUUUUGGGCAUGUCAACACCUAAUUAUGAGAUUAUCAACGUGGUUUUUGACAAGUUUGAUAAGUAUCAAAUAGUUAAAUAGUAGUAAUAAAAUCCUCAGAUGUAAUACGUUAACUAAAUCGAGACCGUUUUGUUACAGCGAAAACUCUAAACAUACGGAUACGUCUCUUACUAAUCAAUAAUUUCCAUGUACCAUGAGUAAUAUAAAUAUAUGGCAUGCAAAGAAAGAGGUUGCAAAAUACUCGAACUACUUUUCUUGUAACUAUCAUUGUAUUUGUUGGACAAGGAUUAAACUAAUAACAAUAAGUAGAACCUAUGAGCGAAUAAAUAAACAAAUGAUGGUGGGAUGCAAGCUUAUCAUUUGAGAAUUAAAUAACAUUCAUGAGUAAAAAUAAUAACUUAGAAAAAAUAAAAUAUAUUACAAAUUCCAAAUUGCUUCAAGUCUUCUUCUCUAUUUAUACAUCUUCUUCAGCAAUACAACAAAACACACACAUACUUAACACUCUCUCUGUUUUCUUCCUUCAGAACUAGUAACCUAUAAACUCUAUUUAAAGAUGUAUAGAAACAAUAACAAGAAGUCUCUCAACAUCUCAAGCAUGUUCGGUAACUUCAUCCCAGACAGUGACAUUUUCUCCCGUCGCUGCAUUUGGGUCAACGGCCCGGUCAUCGUCGGAGCCGGCCCAUCGGGCCUAGCUGUAGCUGCUGGCUUGAAACGUGAAGGAGUACCGUUUAUAAUCCUCGAGCGGGCCAACUGUAUCGCUUCACUGUGGCAGAACAGAACGUACGACCGUCUCAAGCUCCAUCUCCCUAAACAGUUCUGCCAGCUACCCAACUUCCCCUUCCCGGAGGACUACCCGGAGUACCCAACCAAGUUCCAGUUCAUUCAGUACCUUGAGGACUACGCAACCCACUUCGACAUCAACCCUAAGUACAACGAGACGGUCCAGUCAGCGAAAUACGACGAGACUUUCGGCCUGUGGCGCGUCAAGACCGUUUCUAAGAGCGGGCCGCUCGGCUCAUGCGAGUUUGAGUAUAUCUGCAGGACUCUUGUAGUGGCAACGGGAGAGAAUGCUGAGAAAGUCGUGCCUGAUUUUGAAGGACUUGAGGACUUCGGCGGAGAUGUUCUUCACGCCGGAGAUUACAAAUCCGGUGGGAGGUACCAAGGGAAGAAGGUAUUGGUCGUAGGAUGUGGAAACUCCGGUAUGGAAGUGUCUCUUGAUCUCUACAAUCACGGAGCAAACCCAUCAAUGGUCGUUCGUAGCUCGGUUCAUGUGUUACCAAGGGAGAUUCUUGGGAAGUCAACGUUUGAGCUAGGAGUCACGAUGAUGAAAUGGAUGCCGGUUUGGCUCGCGGACAAGACACUUCUCUUUCUUGCGAGGAUAGUCUUGGGGGAUACCGAUAAAUACGGUCUAAAAAGACCGAAAAUCGGACCGUUAGAGCUGAAGAAUUUGGAAGGUAAAACGCCGGUUCUUGACAUCGGAGCACUACCUAAAAUCAGAUCGGGAAAUAUCAAAAUCGUCCCGGGGAUCAUAAAGUUCGGUAGAGGAAAAGUUGAGCUAGUCGAUGGCCGUGUUCUUGAGAUUGAUUCCGUUAUUCUAGCUACUGGUUACAGAAGCAACGUCCCUUCAUGGCUUAAGGACAAUGACUUCUUCUCCGAUGAUGGGAUACCGAAAAACCCGUUUCCAAACGGAUGGAAAGGAGAGGCAGGACUGUAUGCUGUCGGAUUCACGAGAAAAGGAUUGUUUGGUGCGUCACUGGACGCGAUGAGUGUGGCUCACGAUAUUGCAUGCAGGUGGAAAGAAGAAUCUAAGCAACAUAAGAAAACUGCUGCAGCUCGUCAUCGUCGGUGUAUCUCACAUUUCUAAUUAUAAACACUACUA